AUGUUCUAUUCGACUACCCUCUUCCAGAGGAACGGGGCUCUGUCCCGGGUCUGGCUGUCGGCCAACAUAGAGCGCAAGAUCUCCAAGCAGCAGGUCUUGCAGGCCGACGUUCACGACAGUGUUCAGACCAUUAUUACUCCCGAGGUACCACUGGCUCUUCGCCUCAGUGGCCAGCUGCUCUUGGGUGUCGUCAGAAUUUAUAGCCGCAAGGCGCGUUACCUUCUGGACGACUGCAAUGAAGCAUUGAUGAAGAUCAAGAUGGCCUUCCGGUCAUCGGGAAACAAUGAUAUUCCCGCCAACCUACAUAUCCCUAAUCGCGAGGCCCUCUUGCUUCCUGAUAGGAUCACACCGUAUGAUAACCUCGAUUUGCUACCGGGACCGGAUGCCAACUUCUUGCUUUCUGCCGAUCAUGAUAUCACCGCAACUCCGGUUGGCCGCAAAGGUCGGGUCAGCAACCGAGACAUUAACUUGCAAGAGGAUUUCAACAACAGUCAGUUCUUGCAUGACGCAACUCAGAAGGACGAUGACUUGGCUAUUGCACCGGAUCUGGACGAUCUAGACUUGGACCUGGACUUUGGUAUGGAUAUCGAUGAGCGACCAAGCAGAAUUGACCAAAGUGUGGAAAUGGGACGAGACGCGCCUGCACCCAGACCUGUCGAAGACGACAUCUUCAGCGAUUUCGAUAUUCAGCGUCCCAACAAGGAAACUCUCGGCCGCGAUCAGUCACCCACUCUCGACUUUGGAAAUGGUGGUGUGCGCAUCGCUGAUGACGAUGGUGACAUCAACAUGGGCGACGAUGACUUCCAAUUUGACAUGGCCGAUCAAUCCGCUGUUCCGGUGUCCGGCGUAUCUGACCUCAAGCGCGCACGUAUUUCUGAGUCGCCUCUGUCUGAUAUUGACGAGAACUUUGCCAAAGAGAUGGAGCUUGAGUACUCGCGACAUGUUAACAACACAGACAUGUACGAGCCUGGAGAUGAUACAGAGACCACCGUUGUUCGCAACGCUCCCCAGAGAGCUAGAAAGAGGAAGAUUAUCGCACCGGACGACCAGACCAUGUUAACAAGUGCGGUGAUCAAGGAGCAGCAGUCGAAGCACGACAAUAUCCUGAAGCCCCAGGUGUUCUUGCCAAGAGAUCCAUACCUUCUGGCCUUGAUGGAAAUGCAGAAGACCGGUGGCUUUGUUGCUAACAUCAUGCUUGAAGGUCGAAGCACAAGCUGGGCUCCUGAGUUGAAGGGCCUGCUCUCACUCGAAGCUCUCCGACAACCAAAUGAGCUGAAGCGCAAGAGAGAUAGCGGUAUUGCAGAUAUGGACACCGAUCAGGAACUAAACGCCUCAAAGUCGCCCCGUCUUGACGAGGACCCAUUCGGUGUGAACCAGACUGUGGCUGCCGAUGGAACCAUCCUGGAAAUCCCUGGUGAUGAUGGUAUGGUCCUCCACGACGACGAUGACGGCCGCCCGCUGUCCCGCGACGGAGCUAGCUUCAUGCCUGGCUUUGAUGACACAACUGCACCUAUUGUGCACCCAGCUGAUAGCGGCCCCGUGUCAGUCGGCACAAAGCAUGCCGUGCAUAUUCUGCGUGACCUCUUUGGAUCUGAGGCUGCAACAAACGCCGAAAAGCGCAAGAAGACGUCCGUCGUCUUCCAAGAACUCCUACCGGAGAAGAAGACUACCAAGGCAGAUGCCACAAAGAUGUUCUUCGAAUGCUUGGUUCUUGCGACAAAGGAUGCCAUCAAGGUCGAGCAGCCAGAGGGCUCCCUUGGAGGUCCUAUCCGGGUGCGAGGCAAGCGUGGCCUCUGGGGCGCUUGGGCCGAGCGUGAAGCUGGCGGAGAAAUUGAUCAGGAAGAGGAGGCUGCUCCCAUGGAGCCUCAACCGGCUAUUGCCACCAGCUCGUCGGCAGUCGCAGUCUCAGCAUAA